CGAAGACCAGUGGUGAAGCGAUGGGAUCAAGUUCAAUACGUGGUUAUAAAUUCGAAUGAGAUACUCGAAGUGUGGCAACGAGACACAACGAACAGAGUUUCGGCCAGAAUAUUCAAAGAAAACAGUAGUCAAAUUCAACCAUUGUUUCUACAAAUUGGCCAAAGUAUCCGAACAGUUACAAAUGUCAGUGUACAUACUAGUGAACGUGUUCGUGGAAUGUGCUGUGUUGAACGAUUUCUAUCUCAGUGAUACGCAUCCUUCCACUUGUAUCACACAAGAAAAAGAUGAAAGAGAAAUCCAUGGCUGUUACGUCGGACGGAGUUCAAAGGAAGCUAGAAGGAAUUGGAAAGGGCCAAGUGGCGAGGCACGCGUCUGGGCGUUCCAGACGGUAGCUACAUCACUGAGUGUUCCAACGUGCACGGGAGCAAAGGAACAUCGCCGGUAG